AUGUCGGAUGGGCCGCACUUUGACGCGGACGUCGUGGUUGUGGGGGCUGGCCUUGCGGGACUCACAGCUGCCAGAGUUUUGCGGGCCUUUGGGGGCCGCGCCAUCGUGCUUGAGGCGAGGCCCCGCCUGGGAGGUCGGGCGGCCACUGCUGAGCUCGGAGGAGGUGAGGACCGGCCAGAUCUUCCCCCAGCACCUGUGGAGGAGGGCUGCAACUACCUCCAUGGGUGCAGCGAGGACCAUCCGCUCUUCCUGCUUGCUGCUCGCCUGGGUAUUCCCACAGCCGUGGCGGCUGGAGAUUUGGGCUGUCAGUACAGCGGCUGGGAAUCUGCAGAGAUCGCCGAAUGGCGGGAUGCAGAGCGAGGGGGCGAGCAGAUCCCUGUGGAAGAAGUCGUGGAUGCAGCCCUCUUGCUGCAGCAGGUAACCUACGGCGUCGCAUACCUGGCACCAGGCAAAACAAGCGACCAAUCAGCGGAGGACCCACCCACGCUGGAGCUUCUUUUCCAACGUGCUUUGGAGGAGGUGCUGGAAAGACGACAUAAGAGUGGGUGCCGCAGCUCCCCCGUGCUGAGCGCGAGAGAGCGAUCGAUCGUCUACAAGAUCCGAGGCCGCCACUACGGAUACGUCGCUCCUUGCAGCCGCAUGCCACCAGAGACGCUGGUUGCCAGCAGCUCCCUCGAGCGGGCGGAGAACGUUUUUAUGGACGGCACCUGGCCUGGCAGUGAGAGUGGGCUGCGAGAAGAAAUGCUGAAAUUCUGGAAGCGCAAGCACAAACGAGUGAAAGAUUUGGGAACAGCUGGACCAGCAGCCUCUGUCACAGAUAUGCCGGAUGAUGACUGCGAGGAUCGUCUUCUGCUGGGUCGAGGCUUCCGCACUUUCAUUGAGUGCUUGGCAAGUGGCCUCGACGUUCGCUUGGACGAUCCGGUCAAGGAGGUAUGCCACACGGAUUCCCUGGUGAGAAUCACCACGAAGUCCGGCCAGUCCUUCUCGGCGCCGUUCGCCAUCAUCACUGUUCCAUCGGGCGUCCUGGCCGAGCUCCAUCCGGACAGUGCCAUCCGAUUCUCGCCCACGCUGCCGGCAGACAAAGUUGCUGCCAUCAAGAGGCUGUCUCUGCCCAGACGCGGGGCCACGACGCACGAGAAGGUUGUCCUUCGAUGGCCAGUGUCAGAGCCGUUCGUGGUGGAGGUGUUGGGAGGAUGUGGCGCGGCCUUGCAGUUUGAAACGACGGACCAGCGGUUUCACUUCCUCAACCUGCACAAGUAUGGCCGGGAAGGCCAACUCCUGUGCCACAUUUGGGGCGACUCCAACUGGGAGGAGCAUUCUCGCUUGACUGAUGAAGAGGUUGUCAGGGAAGUGGUUGGCGGGCUGCGCGCUAUCUUCCCAGCAAGGUCGUCCAAAGGUGAUGAUCACAAACAGGACUUCGUGCCCUUCCCCCCGUUGUGGAAGGUCACGCGGUGGUCCCUGGACCCCUUUGCUCUAGGAGCCUAUACCGAGUUUCAGGACCCCCUUGCAAGCGAGGAGGAUCGUGACAUCUAUGCGAGGCCAGAAGGCCGACUCUUGUUUACCGGCGAAGGUGCUGUUCCUGGCCAUGUGGGCGCGCAAUGCACGCACGGAGCUGUCUUCGGAGGCGCUUGCGCCGCCGUGGCGCUUCUCAGCGAGGGCGUGGGCUCGGGACAGCGGCAAGUCCAGGAGGAGGAAACACCGCGCCUCGGGGAGCUGCUGGGCUCGGGCCCCAUGAGCCUCGAUGUGCCUGUGCUGGUGGAGGUCCUUGCCACCGGUCGCUGCAAGCGCCGCAAGCGGUGUGAGCCGCCAGACUGA